UUUUCUAAAUAAGUCACAACUGUAGCCCGCGAAAUUCUAAUUAAAAUGAGACAUCUCCCAGCUCUAUACGACCUUUCUUUCCAAAGUUAUAGAAUUUACAAGAAAAGCCCUAAAGUCAUCUUUCCUUCUUCUUUCUGUAGCUCUAAGGUAACAAUAAACAUUUAGGGCUUUUCUUGUUAAUUCUAUAAUUUUGCAAAGAAAGAUCAUGUAGAGCUGGGAGAUGUCUCAUUUUAAUCAGAAUUUCGUGGAUUACAGUUGUGACUUAUUUAGAAAAACUCCCCGGCAUUUUUAGAGGUUUUUGAAAAAUCAGUUUUCCAGAAACCGGUUAGAAAAGGCCCAUGGGUAAAAACGGCUAUGAUAUUCGGAAUCGACAUGGUCGAUUACCUAUAAACUAACGCAUUUCGAUAGAAAAUCGGUUGGACACCUAGAAAGGUUCCCUCGCGAGUUUUCGACCACUGAGUUUAGAGCAAUAGUCAAGACGCCAGUGAAACAUCAAUUAAUAAUGAGAAUACAGAACAAUCGUUAGCUCAAACAGUACGAAAAAUUGAUGAAACGGAAGCAAAACGAGAAGAAGCUCGGGUACUUGAUAGAAACCACCAAAUAGUUUCUCAAAUGCAUGCAACACUUGAACAAUCAUAUAAAAUGGUACCGUACUACACUGUUUUAAUACCAUUUCCUUUAUUCUCAUCACCAAUGCAUCAUCCAUUUCCCAAGCAAAAAUCGCAAAAGAGUUUCGAUGAACAGCAAUCUACUAUAUCAAAAACAACAGACAAUAAAUUAAAAUGGUCUGAGGACCAAGUGAACAAACUGCGCUUGUUUGAAAAUAAAUAUUUGUCAUUGAACAAAGCAAUUUCAGCAGACAGUUGUUAUGUAAUCGAAAGUGAUGAGGGUUUAAGAAUGACAUCAGUGAGAAAAUGUUCAAAUAGCGACAAAGAUAGUAAUGAUAACGUUAGUGAAAGUCAGAAGACAAAUGAAAGAAGAAAUAACAGAUUUCAUCAUAAAAUCAAUUUAGAAACAGAAAUAUCAUAUGAAGCAAUAGUCGAUCGAGAUAAUCAACAUUCAAUCGAUUCAACUUCAUCAUCAUCUCCAUGGAUAACAAUAGAAUUAAAAGCAAAUGAAAAUUUAAUUAAAACUUAUCGUGAAAAUUGUGAUCGUUGGCAAUUAGAUAGCUCAAAAGUAUCAUCCGUAGUUAUUUGUUGUACAACACAACGUUCAAGAGAUGAAAUAAAUGAUGAUUUUUUGAAUGCAACAAAGACUAUUGAAACAUUUGACGAAAGAUUCAAAUAUGCAUUAGUUCAUGUCGAAAACUACGUGUACGCUAUAGGAGGCUAUAAACUAAAACAAGGUCAAGAUCAAACAGGUGACAAAAUAUUGAAUGGUCCAAUGCCUGGACGAACAAAUUUUGGUCUUGCUACAGAUUCAAAGUGUAUUGUUAUCGUGGGUGGUUUAACAUCACAUAUGGAUGAUAAAUCAACAAAUAGUGUAUGGUUAUUUGAGUAUGAAAAUGAAACAUGGUCUCGUUUAUGUGAUUUAUCACGAUCAAUAAUUAGUGUGGGUACAUGUUUCAUUGAUAAUUAUCAUCUAAUUGUCAUCGGUGGUUUAUGUGUGACAAGUCACGGACCAUUAGCACUACGAAAAUGUUAUUUAUUCAAUAUGAAAAAAAAUCUAUGGUUUAAUUUAGCACCGUUGAAUGAAGCUCGCGGUCAUCCGAUUUGUACAUGUUAUAAUAAAAUUGUAUAUGCUAUUGGUGGUAUACAAUAUAAUCUUUACAAACAACAAUUAAUAUCAGUUACAACAAUUGAACAAUACGAGAUAAAUUUGAAUCAAUGGACGAUUUUAACAACAAUAAAACAAUUAAAAUCUCAAACAGGAUUGUAUUGUACUAGUGACGGUAUUAUUGUCGGAAGUAGCCACGUAAACGGAGUCGAAGAAGAAUCAAAUAAGAAUUUAUUUCAAAAGAAUAUUUGGGCGUUUGAUUUAGUUAAAAAGCGUUUGAUUAGUGAGUAA